AUGCUAGAGAACUCAGCUCUCGAACUGGCUUCUCUGUGCUAUCACGAGUUUGGCGGUUGUUCGAUAAACGCACAGUUCGUGUUGUCCCAACGGCGAACCGACGAAUGGAUUGCUGUGGCCAUCGGUUGGGGACUUAUAUUGCUGUUCGCUGUACAGAUGAGCUACCGUAUAUCGGGUGGACAUCUGAACCCGGCAGUUUCGUUCUUUCUCUUCUCACAAGGAAAAAUUAACGCGUUGAGGUAA